GGUUGGAGGGGGUUAGAGAGGGAGAUCUUGGCCUGGUGUUGUGGAAACAUUUGCUUUGGAGGCAGACAGGCUGGAUUCUGAUCCUGAUUCUGCCAUUUACUGCCUGUGUGACUUUGAGUAAGUCACCUCUCUGAGCCUCGUUUCCCUCAUGGGCAAACUCUACAGGGGGCAGGCAGCUCAGCACCUGCUGGAGAAAACACAGCAUUUGGGUCAUACAGACCUGGGGCUAAAUCCCAAAACACUUAUGAGCUGGGUAACUAUGGGGUAAGUCACUUCACCUUUCUGAGCCUCAGUGUUCUCAUCUGUACAAUGGAAAUUAUAGUAACUGCUUCACUGGCUUGUUGUGAGAAUUAAAUGAAAUGAUAUAGGUCAAGUGCUUAGAAGAGUAUCUAACAUCCUUAAACACUAGGGAUGGGCUUAUUAUGGUAGUAGGUGUUGCCCUCCACCCCAUUUCUCUCUCUCUCUCUCUCCCUGCAUUGUGUGCACGCACACACGCACACACACAGAUAUUCUUUGGCACUUCUCCCUCCAGUCAGUGUCCUAAGAUGCCUCCUGCCUCCUCUUGCCUAGGCCACUUGUCUGCUGGCCUGGGGCCUCCCUCUUCAGCACUCCUCACCUCGCCUGGGCUGCUCAGCCCUGUGGGUUUGUCCCAGCUGGGAAAGACAAUAUGUGUCUAGGGUGCCUUCACAGCCAUUCUCAGCUUGGUCAUCACAACCGUUGGGGUCAAACAGUGGCAAAACAGGAAGCAGGCUGCUUGCCCUACAGAUGGGACACUGAGACCCUGAAAGCUUAAGGGACUUGCCCCAGGGAGCAGGGCUGGUGAGCAGUAGAGGCUGGUUGGGAGCCUGGGUCUCCCUCCCUUGAGUAACCCUCAAAUCCUCCACACGGUGGAGGCAGGGUGGAGUUCCACGUGCUGCAGGGAGGGCCCCUCCUGGAGGCUCAGAUGCUCACCUCAGGGAUAGAGUGGAAUUUGGCAGGCAGGGGAGGGGGAAACGAGUGCCCCUUUGGGCAGCAGUGCUCUCAGGUUCAGAACUAAUCCAGGUCCUUCCUUAUCCUCACCUCACACUCACCGCUCAGCCCUUUGCCGUGGACUGCUACCCCUCACUUUGCUGUUUGUUCAGUAGACUUUUAGUGAGCACCGCUUAAUAGACCCCUGUUCUCAUAGAAUAAGAAAUAAACGAUCGGGAAAUGAUCAAUGAGAGGAAAACAAUAAAAUACGUGCAGAUCUGGGCAAGAGCAUUCCAGGUGGAGGGAGCAGCAAGGGCAAAGGCCCUGAGGCAAGAAUGCACUUGCUGUGUUUGAGGGAUGGUGAGAAAGCUAGAAUUUGGUGAGGGAAGAGCACAUGGUAGAUGGAGUCAGAGAGGAGAUUGUAUAAGCUUGGAUUUUAUGGGAGGUUUUCAAGCAGUGAGAUUCAUGAUCUGAUACAUGAUUUAAAGACAUCACUCAUGCUGCCACGCUUAGGACGGACUAAAAGAGGUCAGGGUGUUGCUGGGGUCGAGGCCCAGGGUCGUGGUGGUGCCUCAGUCUGUGGCAGUGAUGGAGAGCCAUGAGCCACCGGAUCCUGCUGCUUCUGGCCGUGCUGACCCUGGGCCUGGCUACCUCCCAACACCGAGACAAGGUGCCCUGUAAGAAGGUGGACAAGGAAGUCUUGUGCCGGGGCCUUGGCCUACUCCAGGUCCCCUCGGUGCUCCCGCGGGACAUCGAGGUCCUCGACCUGUCUGGGAACCAGCUGCGGAGCAUUCUGACCUCACCCCUGGGCUUCUACACAGCGCUUCUUCACCUGGACCUGAGCGCCAACGAGAUUAGCUUCCUCCAGCCAGGGGUCUUCCAGGCCCUGCCCCACCUGAAGCACCUCAACCUGGCCCACAACCGCCUGGCGGUGGGCACGGCGCUGAGCACUGGGGGUCUGGGUCCCCUGCCACACCUGACGUCCCUGGACCUGUCUGGCAACAGCCUGUACAGCGGCCUGGCGGAGCGGCUGCUGGCGGAGGCGCCCGCCCUGCGCAGCCUCUCGCUGGCGGAGAAUAGCCUGACGCGCCUGGGCCGCCACACCUUCUGGGGCACGCCUGCGCUCGAGCGGCUGGACCUUCACAGCAACGUGCUGAUGGACAUCGAGGACGGAGCCUUCGAGGCCCUGCCCCACCUGGCACACCUCAACCUCUCCAGGAACUCCCUCACCUGCAUCUCCGACUUCAGCCUCCAGCAGCUGCGGGUCCUAGACCUGAGCUGCAACAGUAUCGAGGCCUUUCAGACGGCCCCGGAGCCCCGGGCCCAGUAUCAGCUCGCCUGGCUCGACCUGCGGGAGAACAAACUGCUCCACUUCCCCGACCUGGCCGCACUUCCGAGGCUCAUUUACCUGAACGUGUCUAACAACCUCAUCCGCCUCCCUGCGGGGCCGCCCCAGGGCGGCGAGGGCCUUCACGCGCCUUCCGAGGGCUGGUCCGCCUUGCCCUUCUCCAACCCCGGCCGCAACGCCAGCACCCAGCCCCUCUCUCAGCUCUUGAAUCUGGAUUUGAGCUACAAUGAGAUUGAGCUCGUCCCGGAGGGCUUUCUUGAGCACCUGACUUCCCUGCGCUUCCUGAACCUCAGCCGGAACUGCUUGCGGGCCUUUGAGGCCCGGCGUGUGGGCUCCCUGCCUUGCCUCGUACUCCUGGACAUGAGCCACAAUGCUCUGGAGACCCUGGAGCUGGGUGCCAGGGCCCUGGGGUCUCUGCAGACGCUGCUCCUACAGGACAACGCCCUGCGGGGCCUGCCCCCGUACACCUUCGCCGGCCUGGCCAGCCUGCAGAGGCUCAACCUGCAGGGGAACCGGGUCAGCCCCUGCGGGGGCCCAGGUGAGCCUGGACCCGCGGGCUGUGUGGCCUUCUCUGGCGUCUCCUCCCUCCGCGUCCUGAACCUGGCGGACAAUGAGAUGGAGACGCUCCGGGCAGGUGCCUUCCUCCACACUCCGCUGACCGAGCUGGACCUCUCUGCCAACCCUGGGCUGGAUGUGGCCACAGGGGCCUUGGCGGGCCUGGAGGGCUCCCUGGAGGUCCUGGCCUUGCAGGGCAACGGGCUGGCCAUCCUGCAGGUGGACCUGCCCUGCUUCAGCUGCCUCAAGCGGCUCAAUCUGGCAGAGAACCGCCUGAGCCGCCUGCCUGCCUGGACGCAGGCUGUGUCCUUGGAGGUGCUGGACCUAAGGAACAACAGCUUCAGCCUCCUGCCGGGCAGUGCCAUGGGCGGCCUGGAGACCAGCCUGCGGCGCCUCUACCUGCAGGGGAACCCCCUCAGCUGCUGCGGCAACGGCUGGCUGGCGGCCCAGCUGCACCAGGGCCGUGUGGACGUGGACGCCACCCAGGACCUGAUCUGCCGCUUCGGCUCCCAGGAGGAGGUGUCCCUGAGUCACGUGCGUCCUGAGGACUGUGAGAAGGGGGGGCUCAAGAACGUCAACCUCAUCAUCAUCCUCACCUUCGCACUGGUGUGUGCCGUCCUUCUCACCACGCUGGCCACCUGCUGCUUUGUCCGCCGACAGAAGUUCAACCAACAGUACAAAGCCUAGAGAGGCUGGGGGCUACAGACCGCCUCUGUCGGGGGACCCUGCCAGGUCAGUGGGGGAGCCAGAGGCACGAAGAAGGGUGGGGACUGACCCAAGAUUACCCAGUGAGCCAGGACCCAAGAACCCUGGUCUCUCAGUCCCAGCCCUGGGCUCCUUUCCCUGUAUCCUGCUGCAUCAGUAGGUUGACCCACUUCACAGGGCACACAUGUGGUCCAGCUGUGGAAGCUGGAAGAUGGGCAGUUGCAGGAGUGACAGAGUGUCAGGUUGACCCAUCGGAUCAACACAUCUUCACCAGGCAUCUGUUUUGUGCCACACCCUGCCCUGGGCACUGGGGACACCAGGGAAUGAGACACAUCCCUACCCUCGGCAUCGCCCAGGCUGGGUGGGGAGGUGGCUGCAGAACAUGCAGUGACCACACGGAGCGCGGACGCCAGGGCCCUGCAGCCCCAGCUGGCUGAGUGUGGAUCGUCCUGCCCCUGCUGGGCCAGCGUAGGAGAGGGGUAAGACCAAGAGGAUUUGUCUGAGAUGUUUCCAAGCAGACUCUUUGUCACGUCUUCUGAUAGUGACUUUCAGCUUCUCUGGAACAUAAAAAGCUUGUGACCGGAAGAGAGCCGGAGGCACUUGAGUAAGGCUUGGAUCCAGUGCUAUCAGGCGGGCUGCGGCAGCUCCAGCAGGGCCUGGUUAAGAGGCGGUCUCCCUGGGCUCCAGCCCAGCACUGGACCAUUCCGUUUCCUGCUCCGGGCAGGCUCUUUCCCCUACCUGGCACUCUCGUGUUGCACACACCGGCCAAGAUACUGCCCUAGCCCCCCUACUCCCUGCCCAGGCCCCCUGCUCCAUCCCAGUCCCACCCUGCCUGGUGAGCCAGGAGUAAGAACCUUAGGUAUCUGGUUCUGUUUUGCACCACACUUGGCAGUGGUGACAAACCCAAGCCUGCAUCUGCCUCUUUAUGACAACCCUCUGAGGUUGGUAUUUUAUCCCAUUUUACAAGAGUCUCCAAAAGUCUCCCUCCAGGGACCUCCAGCUAAGAAAUGCCAGAACUGAGCUCCAGACUCACAUCCUCCUGAGUCCAGAGCCUGAGCUUGGCCACUGCAGGGGCUGCAGGCUGUUAGGUGGACAGGAACUGGCCCCACGUGGCCGGAUCAAGGCCCGGGAGCAUCCUGUGCUGUGCACACCCACCCGCUCCUCUCCCUCCUCUCUCCCAGGCGGGCAGAGAGAAGAUGCGCAGCCACAGGCCCUCUCCUCCUCCUGUGCCUCAUUUUCCCUUAUUCCCUCAUUUGCAGACUAGGCGGGCUCUCCUUGUUCUCUUCUUGCUCUUGCGUGCCCUCCUUCCCUCUCCCUCCUUUGAGCAUAGCCUGGACUUUGAAACCAUCGAGUCCGACCUCCCUGUUGCACAGAUAGGGAGGCUAAGACUGAGGAAGAGAAUGGGACUUGCUCAGCGCUGCACAAGUCAGUGGCAGAGCCUGUGAAACAAGGUGGAUUCAGACCUCAUUGAGCGGGUGUGCGGGGGGGCUUGGUGGUUGGACCUGAAUGGUUUCCUUCUCUCUCAGCUGUGACAUCACAAGAUGAUGCUGGCUCCAAACUCUCUUACUAGUCCUCAUCAUGCAGGGACUUUUUUUUUCCCCUAGAAAAAUGGAUAGAAAAAUCCCAUCCAGAUAUAACCUCCUGUUUCUCAUACCCAUGAAACCGUGGGCUGUCUGGGAAGAAAGGAAGCCCUGGGAUCAGCCCGGGACCCUGUGUCAUUGUCUUCACCCUCUUACCUGUGCUUGGCCCGCACUCAGGCUCACGAUGGUGCUCGGUAAAGUGUGAGAUGAUGAAAAUGCCCCUCUCUCCACCCCAUUUUACAGAUGAGAAAACUGAGGCCCAGAGCGGGUCGAGGACUCAGGGAGUCAACGGCAGAGCCGGGGCUAGAACCUGGUGGCUUGGCCCCAGCCCGGGGCCCUGGUGGCGAGUGGGGCAGCCGGUGGGUCCAGUCCUGUUUGGGAUCAUGACCACAGGUGCUCACUGCACACAAACACUCUUCCUCAGGCCUGGAGGGCAAGGUGUGGGCCCCUCCAUGCCUGAUCUUUGAGAACACUACACAAUGCUGCUCUCACCCCCCAGGACCCAGGCUACAACCCAGGCCUCGGGGCCAGCUCUUUGUGUAACCCACGUGAAUGUAUUAAAAAAUGAUUUUGGAGAAACA